AUGAAGGGCGACGGAAGGUGCUUGAAACUCUUUCUUGCACUUUGGAUCCUUUUCCUACAAAACGUAAAAGGAGGAGAAGUUGGCCACAGCCACAGCCACAGCCACAACCUCAGAGAUGCUAAAGUGACAGUGAGGUGCAUAGAGAGGGAAAGGCAAGCACUACUUGCAUUCAAACGUGGCCUGGUGGAUGUGUUCAAUCAACUCUCAACUUGGGGUUCAGAAGCUGAAAAACAAGAUUGUUGCAGAUGGGAAGGAGUCUAUUGUAGCAACCAAACUGGCCAUGUGAUUCAACUUGAUCUUGGAUAUUAUUCUCUCCAAGGUAAGAUGAUUAGUCCUAAACUGAUUGAGUUGCAGCAUUUACAAUAUUUGGACCUUACAUAUAAUGAUUUCAAUGGGAGCCAAAUUCCAGAUUUCAUUGGUUCUAUAACCAAUCUAAGGUACCUCAGUCUCAGUUUCUGUCAAAUGGUUGGUCAAAUUCCAAGUUCGUUUCAAAACCUCACGCAAUUGCAACAUCUCGACCUCAGCUAUUAUCAGCUUCAAGCAGAAAAUCUCAAUUGGCUUCCUGCUAUUUCUUCUUUAACGUAUUUGGACCUAAGCGGAAACUUCAAUGGGAGCCAAAUUCCUGAUGUCAUUGGUUCUCUAACCAAUCUAAGAAACCUCCGUCUCUGUUCCUGUCAUUUCAUUGGUCCAAUUCCAAGUUCGUUUGGAAACCUCACGCAAUUGCAAAAUCUCGACCUCAGCUAUAAUCAACUUCAACCAGAAAAUCUCAAUUGCCUCCCUGCUCUUUCUUCUUUAACGGAUUUGGUCCUAAGCGGAAACUUCAAUGGGAGCCAAAUUCCUGAUGUCAUUGGUUCUCUAACCAAUCUAAGAAACCUCCGUCUCAGUUCCUGUAAUUUCAUUGGUCCAAUUCCAAGUUCGUUUGGAAACCUCAUGCAAUUGCAAAAUCUCGACCUCAGCGGUAAUCAGCUUCAACUAGAAAAUCUCAAUUGGCUCCCUGCUCUUUCUUCUUUAACGGAUUUGGACCUAAGCGGAAACAAUCUCAGUCUUCCUCCUCCUCCUACUCCAAUUCUUUCCACUACUCUUUACAAAACAAAUUCUUCUACAUCUCUUGCGUAUGUUUAUCUCUCUGACAACCAUCUCACUUCUUCAAUAUUUCUUUGGUUGUCCAACUACAGUACAAGCCUUUUUCAUCUUGACCUCUCCAACAAUAAUCUAACUGGUUUCAUUCCCGAUUUCAUUGGAAACAUGAGCUCUCUUGUGUAUCUGGAUCUCUCUGAUAACCAGAUUGAAGGAGCGAAUCCAAAUUCGUUUGCAAGGCUGUGUAAUUUGCGAAGAUUGAGGCUUCAAAGAAAUCAUCUGAGUGGACAAUUAUCCAAGUUUGUUCAACUAUUGCCUAGAUGUGCUCAAAACUCAUUAAGGUAUCUGCACCUCUCUGAGAAUGUUCUUAAGGGGUCAUUAAACAAUCUUACAAGCUUCUCAUCUUUGAAAUUCUUGUAUCUUAGUGACAAUCAAUCAAGCGGAAAAAUACCUGAAAGUAUUGGGCAAAUGUCGCAACUGGAGUACAUCGAUUUCAGCAUGAACUCUUUGGAAGGGGUGGUUUCAGAAACUCAUUUCUCAAAACUCUCCAACUUAUCUUAUUUGGAUUUAUCCUCUAACUCACUAGUUUUAAAUUUCCAUUAUGAUUGGGUUCCUCCCUUCCAGUUAUAUUACAUAGUUUUGGGGUCUUGCAAGAUGGGUCCACAUUUCCCAAAAUGGCUUCAAACUCAAAAGGAUUCUUUCAAGCUGGAUAUUUCGAAUGCUAGAAUUUCUGAUAUCCUUCCAAGUUGGUUUUGGAGUAAUUUUCGUAACGUGAGCGUUAUUAAUCUCUCACAGAAUCUAAUCAGAGGAAUAUUUACAAAUUUGACAGUGGAGUUUCCAAAUAACCCACAACUACAUUUGAGUUCGAACCAAAUAGAAGGUCCAAUUCCCUCAACUCUAUUACAAGCCUCCUAUCUGGAUCUUUCUAAUAAUAACAUUUCAGGGUCACUUUCUUUCCUAUGCGCAAGUGCAGAUAUGAGUUUAACAUAUCUUAAUCUUUCAAGCAAUAGUUUUGCUGGAGAACUUCCAGAUUGCUGGAGCCAUUUGGAGACAAUAUUCAUGCUUGAUUUGAGUAACAACGCUUUUUCUGGAAAAAUUCCCACGACAAUAGGCUCUUUAUUUCAAAUGCAAACUUUGAAAUUAAGAAGCAACCGAUUUUUUGGGGAAUUGCCUUCAUCGUUGAAGAACUGCGCAAGUUUAGAAGUUAUUGAUCUGGGAGAUAAUAAAUUAUCAGGACCAAUACCUACAUGGUCAAAUAACUCCAGAGAUCGGAAACUUGCAGUCAUUGGAUUCACUUGA